GCAGCGAACGACACCACGAAAGAAUGACCGGCGAUUGGGAAUUGCCUCGUCUCUGCCGUCUGGUCGAGGAGCUCCUUCGUCCUUACUUCGAGCCGGCCGUAGGUUCUGUGUCUUUAACCAGAGAAAAGGAGAAGAAUCUUCUGAUUGCACUCUCUAAGGUUUACAGAGAGAUUCAGGUCUGGAUUCGUGAAAUGGAGGUUGAUUCCGAUGAAGAGAUCACGAGUUCUGAGUGUUCAUUGGAGGUUGUACACGAGGAGCAUAACUGUUUGAUGAAAGUCCUAGCUGACUUGAUUCUUCUACUGACAGUUGACAGUCAGUACGUACAACAUUCAGUUGGAAAGAUUGUUGUGGCCGUUUCUGAGCUCCUGGCUCCAUCUGUCAGAAACUGGGACUCUUUGGUUCAUUCGCUCUGGAUUUCCCUGGAAUUGAUAGUCAAACACGUGUUGUCCUGUUCUGCAAUUUCAAAUGCUGGCGAGGAUUUACAUUUUGGAACCUCAGGUUUAAUGGUCUUAAAUCGUUAUCUGGGAAACGCAGACUGGUCCACUGCAGCUCAUAUAAUCCAAAUCUUGCGGAAUAUACUGAAAAGUUUGAAGGAAGAGUCUGAUGAUCAGCUUCUUCAAGUUUACGAAAAAUAUGUCUAUCCCUUUCUGUCAAAUGUGCCCUGGGAUCGGAUGGACGAGUGCUGUACAAAAGAGCCAAAAGUUGUGUUCUUGGGGAGUUUGAUCGCAUUUCUUUGCUCAUUGGUUGAGCAAACCGUAGCUCCAGAAUCCAAAGUCCAUCUCCAAGAUAAACAACCAAAUCUUCCCAUAGUUAUUAAUCUUGUGCCUAAACUUUUUCGUUGGUGCCUUGGCAAGGCAGAGAAUAGGGUCAAACAGUCCACCUUUCAGUAUUUCACUCACAAAUUGCUGAUGUUACUGCUGAGGCUUAGUUAUGGUUAUGGAACUCAUAUAAGUUGCACCACACUUGUGUCCUGGUUGCAACUUCUCCAUGAUUACUUUGAAGAGCUACUUUUGAAACCCAUGUCUAGGGUUAAGACUUGUCAAAAUGAUUGCCUAGAAGGCUCCCCGUUUCUAUCUAGCUUCUCUGAGGGAGAAGCACAACAUAUGAGGCAUUCCCUUCAUUCUCAAAGGCAGGCCAUACUCCUAUUUCUUAGGUGCUGCUUCAGUUUGAUCAGCUCGACAGGAGAGAAUACUAAGCAACUUCCCGCAGCUCAUAAGUCUCUCUCGGCUGUCAACGUGGUCUCUGACCCUAAUUUUUCUGGUAGAAGUAAAGGAUUUAUUGAUCUCUACAAAUGGUUCCAAGCCCACCUCCGAGAUAGCUUCUUAUGUGGAAAGGAAAUGCAUGUGGACAAGUGUAUACUUUUUGCAAGAUCUUUUCUCCAGCUAUACUUGCAUGAGGAUGACUUAUUGUUUAAGGUUCUCCUGCAGAUGGUUACUGCAUCGUCUUGUUUGGAGCAGCAGUUAGAGGGAGAGAAACAACCAUAUCAGGAUGCAGAAGAGGAUAUUGGAUUUCUAGUUUCAAAUGCUUUCAGUCCAGUGAACUUAUUCCAUCUAUUCCUCUCAGAGUUGCACUAUGAUCAUCAAGUUCUGCUUGAUUACCUUAUUUCCAAGGAUCUUGGAAUUAGUUGUGCAGAGUAUCUAUUGAGGAAAUGCUAUGGAUAGUUUAUCUCGAAAAAAGCAAAAAAUCUUGGAAGAUGGUCCUGACUUCCAGGCAGACCAAUCCUCUGGAUCGCCAACCAUGGACACUUCUCCCUCUCUUAAUGAUAAAGUGAAGAUAGAUACUGACAGUAGUUAUAAGCAAAACAAAUGCAGAAGGCUUGCAUUCAUCGAGGCGAAAGAUUGUCUGCUAUCUUUGAAAGUUUCUAUAGAAAAUCUUCACCGGAAGAAUCUGUUUCCAUAUAACCCUAAAGCUCUCUUACAACGGUUGACAAAAUUUGAGGAACUCUGCAGCAAUCAUGAUGACUUUUCCUAGACUACUUGCUUAGAGAGAACUAUCUUUUCCUGCUGAAGGAGAUAUUGUUAUAAAUUAUAAUAAGGUGCUAGAGUUUCACUCGAUAUUCCAAGGCAUCCAUCAUACAAACUUGCAGAAGUUGCAUAAUUUUCUCCGACUGAGUGGGACUGGCCGCACUGUUGGACCUGAUUGGUGCUCCUAUUGAUAGUUGAUAGAAUUUUCUGGUUGCCGAUUGGACUCCGCCAUCGACUUUUUCAAGUUCCAGGAGCUAGUUCUGGUACUGAGUUUUUUUUUUUUUUUGGAGAAACAGGUACGGAGCUUCAGGUUCAGGAAUUGCCUAACUUGGCUCUGGAAAUUUCCUCAGCUUUUAAGUUAGUGGUCUUGAACUUCCCCACUAUUUCAGCGUUUCCUGUCACUUCAAAGGUCAUGUUAGCAUGGCCCAACGAGUAGGCAGCCAAAGGACAAAGUUGGUUAUCUUGUGAUGGUUUGGAAGUUUGUGGCCGCGUAGCAUCAUCCCAAGGACAAAGGAAAUAUCAUUAUUUGAGAGGAAGUUGGGAGUUGUUGUAAGCAGAGAAGAACCAGAUGGAGGGGAAGAAACAGAGUCGUCAUCAUCAUUUCGUGCUGGUCCAUGGAGCUUGCCAUGGAGCUUGGUGUUGGUACAAGGUUGUUCCUUUACUGACACAAGCUGGCUACAAAGUGACGGCUCUCGACUUGGCCGCUUCUGGGAUCCAUCCAAAGCAGGUUACCGAGCUGGGUUCGGUCUCGGACUACCUGGCGCCACUUAUGGAGUUGAUGACUUCCUUAACAGGAGAAGAAGAGAAGGUGAUCUUAGUUGGACAUAGUAUGGGUGGUGUUGGGAUAUCUGCUGCAAUGGAAAAAUUUGCAGAGAAAGUAGCUGUUGCGGUGUUUGAAGCGGCCAUGAUGCCAGCUCCUCAUCCUGGUGUUGGCUAUUCUCUUACAAAAGAAGAGUGUCUCAAGCAAAUGGAUUUCAUGGAUAGCCAAUUCUCAUUCCAUGAUGGUCCUGAAAAUCCUCCGACCAGUGUAUUGUUUGGACCCAAGGCGAUGUCAACUAAAUUGUACCAGCUCUCCCCGCCUGAGGAUUUAACACUGGGAAUGAUGCUUAUAAGGCCCUGCCCUCUCUUCAACGAUGCGGAAACAGAAGCUGAAAUAGCCCUGACAAGCGAGAAAUACGGAUCAGUUCCUCGAGCUUAUGUUGUCUGUGAAGCAGACGAAAUUAUCAAGCCGGAUCUGCAGAGGUGGAUGAUCGAGAACAACCCAACUGACGAUGUCAAACCCAUAUCUUCUGCUGAUCACAUGGCAAUGUUCUCAAAACCACAUGAGCUCUGCACCUACCUUUUGGAGCUUGCCAGCAAGUAUGCUUGAUGAGUGAACGAUUGCCUCUGGCUUCGCCGCCCGUGGAAUUAUGGUUGGUUGGGGAGUUUCUGUAAGCAGAGAAGAACCAGAUGGAGGAGGAGAAACAGAGUCGUCGUCAUCAUCAUUUCGUGCUGGUCCAUGGAGCUUGCCAUGGAGCUUGGUGUUGGUACAAGGUUGUUCCUUUACUGAAACAAGCUGGCUAUGAAGUGACCGCUCUCGACUUGGGCGCUUCUGGGAUCCAUCCAAAGCAGGUUACCGAGCUGGGUUCGGUCUCGGACUACCUCGGGCCGCUGAUGGAGUUGAUGGCUUCCUUAACAGGAGAAGAAGAGAAGGUGAUCUUAGUUGGACAUAGUAUGGGUGGUGUUGGCUAUUAUGCCAGCUUCUCACUCCGGUGUCGGCUACUCUUUUCCAAAAGAAGAGGUAUGAGUUCGAAGUUCGUCAGUCGAGGAGCAAUGCAAGGAAUUUCAAAGGAUUCCGAGACCAGUAAGGCUUUGAAAGAUUCCUCUUCUUCAUCAUCUAAUUUUUCAAAUAGUACGAGAAAUCUCUCCCGCGUCACGACUAAUUUUAAUGGCAGCAUGAUGAAAGAAUGUAAUAAGGUUAAGCAGGUGGAAGAGUCGCUGAGAAUUAUUAUGUACAUAAGUUGUUGGGCUCCUAAUUGAAUGGUUGACAACCAUGUUCAUUACGUAAAGUGCAAGCGAUGGAUUAACAAAUCUAUAUCUAAGUUUCGCCUUCUUGCGAUCGGUUUGUAAAUUGUAAUUGUAAAAAAAGAAGAUAAAAAACUCUUUGCAAUGGUUCCCCUGGG